UCUUGAAAAACUAUCGAUAGUGAAAAAAACCGAAACAAUCGAUAGCUUGCCACCAGUAAGGACAGGUGAAAAUAUGAGUUUUAUGGAUAAAAAAAUCAUACUUUAAUCAUGUGAAAUUAAAGGAGAACGUAGAGAAUAUUCCAAAUCACAAUCUCUUCAUAACCGCAAGGCAUUAUAAAAGGUAAAACAACCAAUGGAAAUGCAAAGUAACACUGCCUCCUGCAUGGAGGACAAAAAGUGCCGCAUUUGUGGAUUAGCAGACAUUUGCAACAUAAAUAUCUUUACUUCCACUAACGCUAAAAACUUAAUAAGGAAGAUACUCGCAGUUUAUCCAAUAGUCAUGUAUCAGCAUGACCCGCUACCCAAGCAUAUUUGUAAGAAAUGCAUUAACAACGUUAAUUACAUGUAUACGGACGUUCAGCGGGUAAUGAUAAUGCAGGAAAAAUGGACUGAUAAUGUCCGUCGCAUACAGCCUAACAACGAUUACGUACGCAUAAUGGAUUUGGUUGGGAAUUCCAGCGACGUAACUUUGGAGUCAAUAAAAACAGUAUUUCAAGUGGAUAUUCAACGAAUACCGGGCCGAAUAAUUCCAAAAGAUGUCCCUCAAAGUACUGAAGCUUCAAAUACAAUUAUAAAUAACAAUAAAGUUGAAGUGAAUGGACCGGCUUUUCAGAAAAUACAAAAAUCACUAGGAAUUCUUAAAGUAAAACCUGCAACGAAUUCAACCCCAGAAAUAAAAGAGCUUAAAACGAUGUUAGCCCUUAAUGGUUGCACUCUGCGGCCCUUGAAUUUAGCUAAAUCAAAAUCAGAAUCUGUUGAAAACAAAUCUGCAACUAAUCUAAAAGACACAAGACACAUAAUUAACGAAUCGCGUCAAUGCGAAGAUGAAAUGCCUCUAACAUAUUGUANAUCAAUAAAAACAGUAUUUCAAGUGGAUAUUCAACGAAUACCGGGUCGAAUAAUUCCAAAAGAUGUCCCUCAAAGUACUGAAGCUUCAAAUACAAUUAUAAAUAACAAUAGAGUUGAAGUGAAUGGACAGGCUUUUCAGCAAAUACAAAAAUCACUAGGAAUUCUUAAAGUAAAACCUGCAACGAAUUCAACACCAGAAAUAAAAGAGCUUAAAACGAUGUUAGCCCUUAAUGGUUGCACUCUGCGGCCCCUGAAAGUAGCUAAAUCAAAAUCAGAAUCUGUUGAAAACAAAUCUGCAACUAAUCUAAAAGACACAAGACACAUAAUUAACGAAUCGCGUCAAUGCGAAGACGAAAUGCCUCUAACAUAUUGUAACACUUCAUCAUUGGAGUGUCUGGAAGAUGAAAGUUUUAGCAGUAUAAGGUGCCGCUAUUGUGAGUUAAGUUUCGAUUCUCAGUCUUCAUUAGCCACACAUCAGAUGCAACAUUUACGUAUAAGCAUUCCUCGUCUUUGUGAUAAAAAAUAUUUAGAGAAAAAAUUGAGAAAAGGUCGCGUUAUAACUGUUCAAGAUCGAAAAUGUAUAAGAUGUUUGAAUUGCUGGCAACUAUUCGGCCAUAAUAAGGGGAUAUUAAAUCAUUGGAUGUGGGGAGAAUGUCAUUUUUAUUGCCAUAUUUGUGGCAAAGAAUUCCCAACUUCCCCAAAGUUACUGCGCGAUCAUGUGCCAGAGCAACAUGGCAUAAGCUACCGUUCUUCGAAAUCAAGAAAAGUGCAUCACACAAUGCAUAAAGAAGAAGUAUGUAUGACUGGUUAUCAUCAUCAAACAUCAAAUAAGGAGCCGAUGUCUCUUCAAGAUAAAGUCUAUCGGAAUGCUGCUAACAAAGUUUCAAAAGGUAGCCCAAAACAAAAUUUGGCAAACAAUUCCGCAGGAACUGCUUGCUUCCAGCAAUCCACAAAUCUAAAAAAGGUAAAGAAAAAAAUUCCCUUCGAUUCGUUGAGCAGCGCAACGUGCAACAUCUGCUACAAGGCUUUUAACAAUUUUAAGGCAUGCAAUUCCCAUAUGCGCAAGCAUAAGCCCUCAUACAUAUAUGGUGAUAUUCAACAAUUUCAAUGNCAUCACACAAUGCAUAAAGAAGAAGUAUCUAUGACUGGUUAUCAUCAUCAAACAUCAAAUAAGGAGCCGAUGUCUCUUCAAGAUAAAGUCUAUCGGAAUGCUGCUAACAAAGUUUCAAAAGGUAGCCCAAAACAAAAUCUGGCAAACAAUUCCGCAGGAACUGCUUGCUUCCAGCAAUCCACAAAUCUAAAAAAGGUAAAGAAAAAAACUCCCUUCGAUUCGUUUAGCAGCGCAACGUGCAACAUCUGCUACAAGACUUUUAACAAUUUUAAGGCAUGCAAUUCCCAUAUGCGUAAGCAUAAGCCCUCAUACAUAUAUGGUGAUAUUGUACUGUCGCCACAUGCUUAUGGUGACGGCUAUAGCAAUAUCGAUCCACAAAUCCAAGAGACGCAAGAAGGGAAACAUAGCAACAAUUUCAAUGCCGAUCCGCAUUCUUGGUCUUUUGCUGGUCUCCAACAUAGAGAUACGAAUAAAAUGUCUACAAUGAAUUUUAUUACACGUCAAGUUGAUAUGAAAACGAGUGCAGGCAUAAGGAUUAGAUCUAUCACAGAAAUGCAAAAAACUACAAAGCCGCAUAGAUUGCUUCACCCUAAUGUAAUUACUGCAGAAGCUACAAAUAGCCUGAACUGUUGGCUUGCUUCGUCAAAUGAUCCAACAUUAAAUUCUGUCGGUGAACAGAUAUUUGAAAUAAGUGAAAUUAAGGUGAAAGAAGAACCUAAAGAACUUGAAAGCAUUUAGUCUAAAGGAAUCCGCAAAUA